AUGUGUUCAAAAUGUUUUAAAUUUCCAUUUUUGACAAUAUUAUCUGGUGUUGUGGCAUUGUUUGCCGGAAUUGUCUAUGGAACAACAAUGGCAUUAGCAAUUGAUGGAUUCGAAAAACAGAUAAAUGCAUUUUUAAGUGUUGGAACAUCAAAUAUACGUUUACUUGUCUUGGUAUCAACAGUCUUCCUGAUAACAGUUUUAAUAAUUUUUUUAAUGUCAUCAAUAAUUUCAACAAUAAAGAUGAGUCAUUUUGAUAAAAAUCAUUCAGGAGUUGUGAAAUUUUUUUCCUCAACUUUUAUCAGUGGUCCAUUAAUUUACCUCAUGUUUUUAUUUAAUAUUCAUUACAACAACAUACUUCUUCUGUGGAUUAUGAUUGUUGAAAAAAUUACAAAGAAGAAAGUAGAUUUGACAUUUUGUAGUGGAAAAAAAGAGAUAUUAUGUAGCAGUUAA